CUCUCUUUUCUCUCUCUCUCUCUCAAAUCUCUUCAACCACUCUCUUAAAUUUCAUCAAACUCCAUCUCUAAACAUUUACCCAAAAUCUCUCUCCUCUCUCUCUCAUCACAAAUAUUAGGUUUCAAUUGAAAACCCCAUCUUCCAAAAAUCACAAAAGAAAUCAGUUAUAUUCUCUCUUUCUCUCCCAACAAAUCAUAAAAAACCCUUCCAAUCUUUUCCAUCUUCUUCUUCUUCUUCUUCUUAGCUACAAGAAUCCAAAUCCAAAGAAUAUCUCUCCCUCCUCCCAAAAGAAAAAAAAAAUCAAAUUAUUAAUCAUCAUCACCAUCAUCAUCAUCAAGAACAAGAAGCAAGAAAAAAAAUGGAACUUUUUCCAGCUCAACCAGAUUUGUCUCUUCAAAUUAGCCCUCCAAAUUCAUCAACAAAUUCAAAACCCUCUUCCAAUUCCAAUUGGAGAACACAACCCAUUUCUUCUAUUUCUCCACAACACCCUUUAGAUUUGAUGUUUUGGAAUCACAAUAAUAAUAAUAAUAUUAAUAAAAGUUUUCCUUCUAAUAAUUCUUCUUCUAAUUCUUCUAAUUUUGACCCAUCUCUUUCAAAUUCCUCCAAUUUCCUCUCCCAUCAUUUUCCUCCGACCGUCAAUGGGGGUGGCGCCGGCCUUUUCCACCGCCAUCUCCACGAUCUUCACCCUCAAGGGCUUGGAUUCUUGAGACCCAUCAGAGGAAUUCCAGUUUAUCAAAACCCUCCUUCCUCAUCCACGUCUUCUUCCUCAUCUUCUUAUCCGAUAUUCGGAGGGAGUGGUGGCGGUGGCGGUGGCGGUGGUAGUCAGUUUAGUUAUAAUGGUCUCCGAUCGAGAUUUUUGGCGAGGUUUCCAGCGAAACGAAGCAUCCGAGCACCAAGAAUGCGGUGGACCACUACUCUCCAUGCUCGUUUUGUUCAUGCUGUUGAGCUUUUGGGUGGCCAUGAAAGAGCAACACCAAAAUCAGUUCUUGAGCUUAUGGAUGUCAAAGAUCUCACCUUGGCUCAUGUCAAAUCCCACUUGCAGAUGUAUAGAACUGUGAAGACCACUGACAGAGCUGCUGCUGCAGCUUCUUCUGGUUAUGAUACAAAUGUAGGGAAUUCGGAUGAUGUUUACGAUCAAAACGGAUCAUCAGGAGAUACAACAAAUGAAGAUACAACGUAUGAAAACGAGAAGUCGUCGAGAAUGAGGCUUGAUGCUCCGAUUGGUGAUCCGUUGACACAUGGACGAUUUCGACAAACGGUUGUCGUUGGACAAGAUCAUCAUCGAUCUCAUAAGGACUUUCAUGCUUUGUGGAGUAAUUCUUCAAGCAGAGAAGCUUUGUUCCAAGGCAUACCAAAUGAUUCCUCAGAAAACCAACCCUCUCAGCUUGAUCAGGAAGCCAAAUGCUCAAGCCAUGAAAGAACAUCAGAUGGAAGCUCAUUGACAAAUCUUUCAGCAGGAACAAGCCCAGAAAAACCCAAUUUGGAAUUCACAUUAGGAAUAUCAAUUUAAGAUCUAAAAUUGUAAAAAAAGAAAAAAAUUACAAUUUCAUGUGAUGAGUUAGAGAAA